UCUACGUUGUCAAGUACGAUCAUAAGCCACACCAACCUACGCUCUUGCGCCAGCUUCCUUCUCUUGAAUACCUUUCAAUUAUGUUUGUAAGAUUGGACAUCGGCCUUGUUUGUCGCCUUCAAUCGCAGAGUACGAUGUCCUGAUUCGUCGUCGAUGACGAGGAUCUCCCUGGCUAUGUGAUACUUCUGAUGAACGCUCCUUGUCGACAUCUCCUGGUCGUUUCAUAUGCUCUAUGGUGGUACUACAAAAGGGCGGGAACGACUCUAUGCAGCUACCCUCGAAAGGACGUCACAUUUGUAUCGUGUUCACCGAAGGUGUGAGAAAUGUCCACAUGAGCUGAUUGUGCUGUCAACUAUUUCAUGUAUUUCCCUAUGCAAAUUGUUGUGUCUUAUGUUUCACUUUUCUUCCAUUUGGCUGUCUCUCCAAAUGCUUGCAUGUAUAUCCUUGCGCAGCCUGUUGCGCCCUGUAUCUUUUGUUUCAUUUGGAUGUUCUCCCAAAUGCCCUCAUGUAUAUCUCUGCGCAGUCUGUUGCGCCAUGUAUGGUACCGUGCCGCCUUGCGGACAGUGUGUACAGAUCACGGGCCGCUGGUGGAGUGAAAUGUCAUUUUGCGAUGCUUUGCAACGAUCUCGAUAUCUGAACUCUGGUCCGAUUCAUCCUUGCAUUGUCAUUCGUUCUCUGUUUUCUUGAAGGACCAGUCUCUGUAUCCCUAUCUGGAUGUUAACGUUCCACCUCCGUGCCGCGUUUGAGUCGGAGAUUGACAUGAUUUCGUGCCGC